UUCUGAAGUUUUACGUAGUGUCGUAACAGAGAGAGAGAGCAGAUCAGAUACGAAAAUAUGCUUCGAUUUAUUGUGUGUUUGGCUGUUUUAAUUCCACGAAUCGAAUGUGGAGGUUAUGACGUCAUCGAAGAUGAGCUACGAACGAAGAGGCAAAUAAAUAGUUUACCACUCGUAUAUCCAUAUGGAGGUACUUAUAAGCUACUGAUAGGCUUCUCGUCUCCAAUCAAGACGCAAGACAACGUAGCUCUUCUGUUUGCUGCAAACUUCCAGUAUCAAUACGUUCAAUUCGCGAAUAUUUCGGAACUGUCACAGUACUAUGUUUAUAAAGAAGUCACAAGAGAACAGAGAGAUGCUGAUAUAGCCGCUAGGAGAGAUGAAAGAUAUGUUUUCUAUAAGUCUUUCGCUGAUCUUUUGACUGCGAAGGGAUUUAACGGCUUCGAUUGCGUACUGCGAGCUAUUUGUGAAGCAGCUCAAUAUCCAGUGGAAGACGAAGGCUUCGUUGGAGAAAUCCUACACAUUUUGCUGACCCCAGACUACGGUAAAACUCCGUUUGAUGAACCAGAUCCGGACUGGGAGGAUAUGAUGUCACCGUACAUCGACGCUGCAACAGCAGGAAGACAAAUGUUCAACUGCGCUUCGAUAUAUAGCAGUUGCCCCGAAGGACAGGGCGUUUUGGAACUCAUCAGUGCUUUAAGAGAUGAAUAGGAAUAUAAUGUAAUACAUUUUUACAGACGCGUGUCCUGGUCUCAAAAACAAACUAGUAUCCCAGUUGCUUUGUUUAUAAUUGAUGAGAGAUGUUAAGUAGUUAACUCUUGUUUUCAUG